AUGCCUUUUUUAUUUUCCUGUUUAGGCCCUGUACCGAUAUACACACGUCCUGCACAACAUCCUGCCAUUCAAAGCGCAUUUACAAGAGACCAAGCAGCCAGACCGAGUUUAAACGCCGAUUAUGAACGCAAAUCUCAAAAUCUUGCUCUGUCGUUCGAGAAAAACCCUCAGUUAACUACAUCCAAGUCUGCCCUCCAGAAGCAGCAGAAUACGUUCGAGACAGAGAGCCCGCAAUCGGAGACUGUGAGUGCGGCGUUCAACAAUGAUGAUCAAUACACGCGGCUAGCGUCAGGCUAUGACCAAUACAAAGCUCAACCAAAGCAUGAUUUACUUCAGACAUUUUACCCCGGCACUCUUCAAGAUCGCUCCAAAACACGCUUCACCGUAGCUGUUGGACAACCUCUUUAUAAGACACCGACAUUUUCCAAAGCUCCAGCACUAAAUGGUGAACAAGACAUGCCAAACAAGGGUUCUUUACUAAAAACAGCAAUGAAGAACUUCGGUUACUCUGCCUUGAAGAGGCCUGUCAUGGCGAACGCGUUCAAUAGCGCUCAAGUUAAACCUAAGAUAGACAACAAACCGGCUGAUGAAACCAACUAUUCUGAUGAAAAUAUCGAUGACACGCAUGCUGAUAUGCGCGAUCCAGAGAAAGAUGCAGACAGUAUUGACAUUGGUUCUAUUGAUCAAAAACCCGCUCCCGAGUCUGGGAUUGACAACGAAAAACCAGUCAACGGUGCCACAAACAUGCCAAGCAUGCCUGUAGGUCGGAGACCUGGUAGUGAACUAAGACCUAUUAAUUCAAACUCGUUAAGCGGCUUCCAAAAACCAGGUAUAAAGAACAUUUCUGUAGUGAAAGGAAGUCCACUGCUUGUAAAGAGUCCUAUAAAGAGUGCUUCACCAGCUGUCAACAUUCCCCACCCAUCAAUCAACCUCGAGGUCCUCAAAAAUAAAAUCAUGCACAGCACCAAUGCAACAUUCUUGCGACGCAUGCUCACUCUCAUCCAAAAGAUCACUCAUCACAAAGAUUAUCAGAAGCUCCAGGGUCCCGCAAGGAGCUUUGUUGCGCAAGCGAAUACAGCUGUCCAAGCCCUUAACAAAGCCUACAACGAGCGGGUCUCGACUACACCUGUUGGCUUUGUAGAGACAAGUAACCCUCUUUACGAAAGUGCGCUGAGAAAGAAGUCUACAGUCCAAACGGGGCUAAAUGCGGCGGGUUACAAUAACAGAUUGCCUGGUGCUACCAACCAGUUUUACGGAAAUGAUUUUGCGCUGGGAAAAAAGUCCGCUGUUCAAGCACUUAACAGCGGGUUCAACAACGGAGUUGCGAUGUCAACGGCCCCUCAGAGAGCUGAUAACCAGUUUUACGGAAAUGGCUAUUCGUUAGUCAAAAAGUUUCAAAUUGAAAGAAAUCCAUAUUACCAGAACUAUUAUCAAUACAGACAACCAUACUACAGAAACAUUUUAAGCAUGCGAUAUGGUUUGUACAACGGCAAUACACCAUGA